AUGCCAUACCUGGACCGGUUUGUAAUUGUGUGCAUCGAAGAUAUCCUGGUUUACUCGAAGAGUCGAGAAAAGCACGAACAACACCUGCACACAGUCCUGAACACUCUAAAGGAGAAUCAGCUGUAUGCCAAGCUGACCAAGUGCGAGUUUUGGGAAGAGGAACUGAAGUUCAUGGGACAUGUAGUGAAUGCAGAGGGAAUAGCAGUUGAUCCAGCCAAAGUGGAAGCAGUAUUUAAGUGGGAGCAGCCCACCACAGUCACCGAGGUUCGAAGCUUUCUGGGCACGACAGGGUAUUACAGGCAUUUUAUCAAGGAAUUCUCCAGGAUUGCGUGA